AUGGAGAAGAUGAAGGAGAAGCUUCCUCCAGCUAAAGGUCAUAAUGAAGCUGCCAACAAGCUUGAACAUGAGGAUGGGAAGGAGAAAGGGUUUAUGGAGAAGAUUAAGGAGAAGCUUCCCGGAGGAAAGCCUGAACAUGAGCCUCACCAUGACAACACCAAGGAGAAAGGGUUUAUGGAGAAGAUCAAGGAGAAGCUAACCAAGCAUGACGACAAUGAUGAGAAGAAGAAAGAAACCUAG